CAAAAGAAGAACUGCUACGUGAUACCAGGCGUGGCGAGGGGAAGGAAGCACAUGAUAAGGGCAUCCUUCUUCUACGGCAACUACGACGGGAAGUCGUCGCCACCAUCCUUCGAUCUUCAAUUUGAUGGGAACCAUUGGGCCAGCGUGACAACUUCAUUAGACACCUCCCUUUAUUGGGAAGUGAUUUAUGCGCCCAAGAGAGGCAACAUCAGCGUCUGUGUUGCUCAGACGUCGCUCAACCAGACAUCCUUCAUCUCUGCUCUCGAAGUUAAGGAAUUUGAGCGGGGAAUGUAUGAAACGGAGGACACGGACGACGUCCUCCGUCGUUGGCAGAGGGUAGCCUUUGGAGCGAAGGGCUUCCUCAGGUAUCCUGAUGACCCUUAUGAUCGUUAUUGGCAUCCAAGUGGUGAGAUCGACGGCGUAGUGACUGUGGCGAGAGAUAACAUGAGCUUCAUCAAAAACUUCACGGAUAUUCCGGGACUGGCAUUAGCCCACGCCAUAACUCCAGCGUCAAGCAAUGCGACGAUUCUGACAGUCCCAUCGUCGGAGAUGGGUUUGGAAGAAAAUACAUAUUACUAUAAUUUCUAUUUCUCCGAAGUGUUAGAGGCAGCUUACCAAAAUAAGAGCAGGUCUUUCGAUUUCCUUGUUGAUGGCGAAAAGCUUAACAGCAACGGUUCUAUAAUCCCACCUUAUCAGUCAGAUGAGUGGACUCUCUACAAUCACGUCGGUCGGAGCCUGACUGCUGGAUCAAACAUUUCCUUGGUCAACACACCAGAUGCCUCCCUUCCACCAAUCCUCAAUGCCAUGGAACUUUUUAAUCAUAAAGGAAAUAUUUUAUGUACUUUUUCCAUUUGACGUUGCUUUCUUAGGCACCUUAAUAGUUCAGGCUUGCACGGCAUCCUUCCA